AUGGCUGAGUCGCGGUUAGCAAAAUUCGCCGCUCCAGCAGUGAUAUCGCUUGUUGCGUUUCUGUCCUAUUCUUCGCAAUAUCUAUUUUUGGGUAUCACCCCUGGCCCAUUAACCCGCAAAGAAAGCAUUAUUUUCAACACACUAGUUGCGUGCAUAUGGAUCUCGUACUCAAGAGCCUGCACCACGGAUCCGGGCCGAGUGCCCAAGGACUGGCAGCCCGAGGAGAUCAAAGACCCGAGUCCGAGCUCUGCAGCCGACGAAGCCAUCGCGAGGCAGCGCUACUGUCGCAAAUGCGAGGCCGUUAAACCUCCUCGAUCGCAUCAUUGUCGAGUAUGCAAGAGAUGCAUCCCCAAAAUGGACCACCACUGUCCUUGGACCGUCAACUGCGUAUCUCACUUCACGUUUCCGCACUUCAUGCGUUUCCUGUGGUACGCGGUGUCGGCCAUGUGCUACCUUGAGUACUUUCUGUUCGUGCGUGGACGUAUCAUCUGGGACGACCGACACAUGCCGAGCGUAAGCAUUUGCCCUGGUAUAUUUAUCAAACGCCUGGACUGCACAGCUAACGAGCCGGCGCGAGAACAGUACCUUGGACCAACCCUACCGCAGAUGAUUCAUCUGUUCUUCUUGAUCGUCCUCAACUCUCUCACGCUCUUCAUGGUAUCCAUCACCUUCUUGCGCACGAUUUGGGGUCUGGGUGGCAACGUAACGACGAUCGAGAGCUGGGAGAUUGAGCGCCACGCAAAAUUGCUACGACGAGCACGGGCAUUAGGAGGGUUUCUGGACGGGCCAGACGGGAUCAUGAUCCGCAUCACGCGACAAGAGUUCCCUUACGACAUCGGAAUCUGGAGUAACAUCGUGCAGGGUAUGGGCACGUCGAACGUGAUCGCGUGGUUUUGGCCUUUCUCGCCAACCCCCAAAACAAGCGGGAUCGUGUUUGAGACGAACGGAUUUGAAGACCCGGGGACGAGCUGGCCUCCCCCUGACCCUGAUCGAAUGCCACGACUUGCUCGGCCACUCGACCCCGAGGACGCAUUUGUCCAUCAGCAUGCCGGUCUCUCACCUGACGACGAGCUGGUGGCCUUCAAGGAGCGUCAACGGGCCGACUUUGAGCGUCGUGCAGAGCAUUAUGGUGGGCCCGUCAAGAGACGGAAGCCGUUCCAUGAACGCUUCGAAGAAGAGAAUGGCACACCAAUCGAGAAUGACUACUAUUCUGACAACGGCGACGAUGACGGUGACGGGAGUGUCAGCAGUGGCGAGGAAGGGUGGCAGGAUUCAGGAGGAAACAGGCUCAAAGACUACGGUGUCGAUGAGGAGGUUGAGUUCUACGACGAGGACAAUAUUCCCAUUGCAGAAUUACUUCGUCGGCGGCGUGGACAGGGGAAGUAA